AAUUUGAACUCUUCAAUCACAUUUGAUCAAAGUUCUUUUAAAAGGUUUUCCCAUUGUCUAUAUGCUAUUAAAGUCUGUGGCUUCUGCAAACGGUGGAAAAAAUAUCGGAGGGGAGGAUCUCGGUGCUUCUACUCCUGAUCACGGGCCUGACGGUUCACAAGCCAAUAAAAAUUAAUUGCUCCUUCAAUUCCAUUCCACUUUUCUCUCUGUCCACAUUUCUAACCAACAGACUUAAUUUCCCACUAUAAUUUUCGUGAUCUGAGCUACUUUUGGCUGUAUUUUCUCCAAAGUCUUGAUUUUGUGCCAUCUGGGUGUUCUUGAUAAUUCUUUCCCCGAUCUGGGGUUGUUUCCAAUUUUGGAUCUUGCGGGUUUAGUAAUCUGGCUCGUCUCAUUUUUAAUAGUAGUUUUCUUCUUAGUUGUAUCUGAUGCUGCUUGAGUCGGUGAAAGUGUGGGUUCACCGGAAAAUUCUUUUGCUUUUCUCUUUCUUCAUAAUUAUCUAAAGGUUGCAUUCUUCUUGAUUCUACGUUCUAGGUUCCUUUUUUCCAGCUGGUAUCGUCUGAGAUUCAUCCGGGAAUUUUGGAUUCUUGAUUAAUCCAGCAAUGGAAGCUUGCUGCGUGGCAUUGAGGGCUAAUGCCAAUCCGGUUAGUGUCAGCAAAGGUGGUUUCAUUAAUGGAGGGUGUAUCUUUUGGGGUGAAAAUGUUAAGGGAGGCCUAAAGAGCACUUAUAUGGGUACCCAUUUGUGGAAGAAUUUCAAAAUUGAAAAGGGAACCAAAAAGGCUAGGCAUGGAAUUGUAUAUUCAGUGAUCACCCCAGAUAUUCAGGAGGAGGCUCUGGCAUUUCAGGCACCAAUGUUUGAGACUACAAGAGCAGAUCCAAAAAAUGUAGCUUCCAUCAUAUUGGGUGGCGGUGCUGGGACACGACUGUUUCCUCUGACCAGUAGAAGAGCCAAGCCAGCUGUUCCAAUCGGAGGCUGUUAUAGGUUGAUUGAUAUCCCAAUGAGUAAUUGCAUUAACAGUGGGAUAAACAAGAUAUUUAUCUUAACUCAGUUUAACUCCUUUUCCCUCAACCGACACUUAGCUCGCACAUACAAUUUUAAUGGUGUGAAUUUUGGAGAUGGUUUUGUGGAGGUUCUUGCAGCCACUCAAACACCAGGUGAAGCUGGAAAGAGGUGGUUCCAAGGAACAGCAGAUGCUGUAAGGCAAUUCAUAUGGGUCUUUGAGAAUGCAAAGAACAAAGAUGUGGAACAUGUAUUGAUCCUGUCAGGCGAUCAUCUUUACCGUAUGGACUACAUGGAUUUUGUGCAGAAGCAUAUUGACACAGACGCCGACAUCACGGUUUCAUGUGUACCAAUGGAUGACAGCCGUGCAUCUGAUUAUGGAUUGAUGAAGAUGGAUGAAACAGGGCGCAUUGUCCAGUUUGCUGAGAAACCCAAGGGCUCUGAUUUGAAAGCUAUGCAAGUUGAUACGACUCUUUUAGGGUUAUCCAAGCAAGAUGCUACAAAAUUUCCAUACAUUGCUUCAAUGGGUGUUUAUGUUUUUAGAACUGAUGUCCUACUAAAGCUUCUGAAGUGGAGCUACCCAUCAUGCAAUGACUUUGGCUCCGAGAUUAUUCCAUCUGCCCUGAAGAAACAUAAUGUCCAGGCAUACUUAUUCAAUGACUAUUGGGAAGAUAUUGGAACAAUAAAAUCCUUUUUUGAUGCCAAUUUGGCGCUGACAGAGCAGCCACCAAAGUUUGAAUUUUGCAAUCCUAAAACACCUUUCUUUACAUCUCCUAGAUUCUUGCCACCAACCAAAGUUGACAAAUGCAGGAUCGUGGAUGCCAUAAUUUCUCAUGGUUGCUUCUUGCGAGAAUGUAGUGUGCAACACUCUGUAGUGGGUGUGCGCUCACGUUUAGAGUCUGGUGUUGAGCUUAAGGAUGCUAUGAUGAUGGGCGCAGACUACUACCAAACUGAAGCUGAAAUCGCCUCUCUGCUAGCGGAAGGAAAGGUCCCAAUUGGUGUUGGACAAAAUACCAAAAUCAGCAAUUGCAUAAUUGACAAGAAUGCCAAGAUUGGAAAAGACGUGGUCAUCACAAAUGCAGAUGGUGUUGAAGAAGCGGACAGACCAGAAGAAGGAUUCUACAUUAGAUCUGGAAUCACAGUAAUACUGAAGAAUGCAACGAUUAAGGACGGAACAUUUGUCUAAAGUUACUUUCGGAUCAGGCAAGGGAUAUAAGCUGAAAGCACUUCAUGUGCGGCCUUUGCUGUUUUUGCAGUGAGAAAUAUAGUGGUAAAGUUUCAUGGUGCUGUACAAGUAAAUCAUACAUUCCUCUGAAAAUUUUCAAAUAUAAAUAAAACCAAUAG